CUGCAGUUUUCUGUGUUAACCUGGUGCAAAGAAGCAAUGGAUUCGGAGACUACAGGUUCAGAGGGUUCCUCUGGAGUGAGAAUAGUGACUCGUAAAUCACUCUUCGAUAAGAUGAAGAAUGAAAAUUUACGUAAUUUAGAAGAAAAGCUAUGUUUUUUGAGAGACCACCUUUUAACUCAAGACAACCUUAGUGAAAGUCAGUUAAAUAAACUGAAACGCAAUUUUUCACAUUUCAAAUCAGAAAUGAAGCAAAGGUGGAUUAAAUCGCACAAAAAAGAAGAGGUUUUCUUAACAAACAACCAUCUUUGGCUGGAAGGCAAUUUCGAAAUUCCAGUCACAACUAAAAAUCGUCAAGGUCGCCCUCGUAAAUCAUUUGGUGAAUCUAGCGAAAGGAGCAAAAGAAGAAAAACUGAAGAGAUCCGCUCCAAUGUAGAAGAUGGUGUUAUAGUUCACGCAGCUCAAGUUGAACUGAGAAAAUCGGGAAAACGUGAUGCUUCCCGCGUUCUCCAAGAUAUAACAAGCUCUCCGACGCGUGCAACGAAGUACAAAAAAGCUUUCGAUACCUCUAAGUGUGGAAAAUCAUCGCGUCUAACCCCCAUGGAAGCUUUAAAAAUGUUUAUAGAUGCAGAUUUAACACGAGCACAGUAUGAAGUUAUAAGAAACACGAACAAGAAGUUUUUCCCGUGUUAUAGCCUAAUUCAAGAAGCCAAAAAGAAAUGUUAUCCUCCUCCAGAAACGAUCACGAUAACGAGUACCUGCGCGGAAACCCAACUGCAACCAUUAAUUGAUAUUACUGUUAAGCGCUUAUCGGAAUUCUUAGAAGAAGUCUUAUUGACAAUAAAAGAGCAAGAGCGGAACACUUUGAAGUUGAUAUGUAAAUGGGGCUGCGAUGGAUCCCAACAAGCACAGUACAAACAAAAACUUCAAAAUGAGGCUGACUCUGAUGCAAAUAUUUUUCAAAGCUGCUUUGUACCUGUGCGACUUAUUUGCGGUAAGGACAAUCAAAAGGUGUUAUGGGAAAAUCCAACACCUUCAUCUGCCCGAUUUUGUCGUCCAAUAAGAUUUCGCUUCGUCAAAGAGACAACUGAUGUAACAAAUGCAGAGAUCAAUUAUGUUAAAAAUUCCAUUAAUAAUUUGGUUGCGACUGAGGUGGAUAUUGACGGAGAAAAGUUUUUGGUGCAUUCCCAAUUUGUAAUGACAAUGGUAGAUGGAAAGACCUGGCUCAUAGGAACCCUCGGGACAACGAGAGUGAGGACCAGAGAUAAUACAAGCGGUGGAGCUCACACGGAGAUGAGACGCUCCUGUAGUGUUAAAGUUAUCGACGACGACACGUUCAUAAACAGAAUGGAACCAGAUUCAGUGACACGAACCUAA